AUGGCGAAGUUCGGCGGAUCACAGCUCUUCUUGUGUGUACUAGCGCUGGUGGCGGCGACGGCAGCUGCGGAUCUCCCGGGGUUCGUCGAGAGGAUAGGCAUGACAUUCCAGACGGAAGGGUCUACGUUCCUCUUCAACGGUUUCAACGCUCACUGGCUAAUGGGCGACGCGGCGUCUCCCCACUCCAACGGGAGCAAGGUCACGGCGCUGUUCGAAGAGGCGGCUGCCGCCGGCCUCACCGUCUGCCGCACAUGGGCGUUCUACGACGGCUUCAGCAACGACUCGCUUCAGGUGACGCCCGGCGUUUACCAUGAGCAAGUCUUCAAGGGCCUGGACUUCGUGAUAUCAGAAGCCAGGAAAAAUGGGUUACGAGUGAUUUUAAGCUUGGUGAACAAUUACAAUGAUUACGGCGGUCGAGCACAAUACGUCGACUGGGCUCGCAGGGCAGGUUUGGUCGUGCCAAGCGUCGAUGAUUUCUACACACACGAUACUAUAAAGGGCUACUUCAAGAAACACAUUGAGUAUAUUCUAAACAGGAUGAACACCUUCACAAAGAUGGCCUACAAAAAUGAUCCCUCAAUCAUGGCCUGGGAGCUCAUUAACGAGCCCCACUGCGAGUCCGACCCCUCGGGGAAAAUUUUUACGGCUUGGGUGCAAGAGAUGGCAACCUUCCUGAAGACCAUAGACAACAAUCACCUUCUUGGGGUCGGACUGGAGGGCUUUUAUGGAAGUUCCACUCCUGACAAAGUCAAACUCAACAAUCCUAAUGCGGUUCAAAUUGGCGUUGACUUUAUUAAAGUCCACAAAGUCAUCGAGAUCGAUUAUGCAACCGUCCAUGCCUACCCGGAUUUUUGGUUAAAAGGGCAAAGUGAGGAUAAGAAAACAGAGUUUGUAAAACAAUGGCUUUGGAACCACUGGAAGGACUCGGUGGAGAUGCUGAGGAAGCCACUUAUGCUGGGGGGGUUCGGGAAGACCAAAAAGGAUCCGGGAUACUCGGAGCAUAUCCGCAACGACUUCUACUCCACGGUCUACGACAGCAUCUAUCGCAUAUCGAAGAAUGGGCACAAGACCUUCACGGGGGGUUUAAUGUGGCAGCUCUUCGUCGAGGGCAUGGAAUCGCAAGACGAUGGCUUUGAGAUUAUUCUGUCGCAGGACGCCAACGCCACCGCACUCAUCCUGAAUCAGUCAAAAAGGAUGGGAGAGCUCGCCGGCUCCGGCACCUGCACCUGCACCUGCACCUGCACCGUCGCCUAG